AUGGUGGCGGCGGCGGCGGCGCUGUCGCUGUCGUACCUCAGCGUCGGAUGCAACCGCGCCGUGCGCGCCGGGGACUGGUCCGCGGAGGACUGCGAGGGCGGCGAGCUGUACGCGUACGGCGCGCACGAUCGCGUGGUGAUAUACGACCCGUCGAGCGCGCGCGCGCUUCGCACGACGCCGCCCGCGCAUUCCGGGCGCGUGAGCUGCGUGCGAUGGAUCCCCGGCGGCAGAGGACGCUGGCUCGUCAGCGGCGGCGCCGACGGCGCGGUGAUCGUCUGGCGCAGAGAGGACGAUCCCGAGGAAGGCGUUCACGACCGCGGCGACGCGCACGCGUGGCGCGCGGUCGCGCGAGGGACGCACGCCGGCCCGGUCACGGACGUCGCGACGCACGUCGUCCGCGACGGCUCCGGCGCGCCCGGCGCGCCGGAGCGCCACCUCAUCGUCUCCACCGCGCACGACUGCGUCGUCCGCGCGUGGCUCGCGGACCUCGCGUUCUUGCGCAUCGCGUGCGCGUCGGACGACGCCGACGCGGCGCGAUCGCCGCCGCCGCCGCUCAGCCUUCGAUCGGUCGGCGAGCUCGAGAUGCCCCGCGGCCGCGCGCCCCUCUGCGCGGCGGUACACCGCGCGCCCGCGCGGGGGCCUGGCCGAGCGGGGCCCGCGACUACUGACGGAGACAACGUCCUCGUCCUCGCGAUCGGAUGCGCGGACGGCGCGGUGAAGAUCUUCGCGUGCGAUGCGGACGACGUCAGGGACGCGUACACGCGUUUGCGACUAGAGGACCUCGCGACGUUGGACGGGCACGCGGAUUGGGUCCGUGGGGUGACGAUGACGCCGGACGCGGAGGACGCGUUUGAAGAUGGAACGUCAACCGGCGCGACCAACCCCAACAACCCCGGUCUGCUCCUCGCGAGCGCGUCGCAGGAUAGGACCGCGCGGAUAUGGCGGCUCGAGCUCGCGGAGGUUGGGGACGGCGACGACGGCGGGAAGGACGGCGUCGACGACGAAACGCCGGCGUUCGCGAAGCUCGCGGCGCCGCCGCGGCCGCCGGCGAGAACGUUCGGAGGGACGACGCGUCUCAAGACGCGCCUGGAAGCGCUUCUCGUCGGGCACGAGGACUGGGUGCUCUCCGCGACGUGGCGGCCGAGGCGCGGCGGCGGGGGCCCGGGUCGCCCGUCGCUGCUGACGUCGAGCAUGGACCGCUCGCUGACGCUCUGGGUCGCGUCGGACAGCGGCGCCGGGCGAGACGCCGCCGCCGCGGGCGGCGGCGGCAGCGUCUGGAUGGCCGCGGCGUCCAUGGGCGAGGCCGCGGCGUCGUGCCUGGGGUUCUACGGCGCCGCGUUCAACCGGACGGGCGACCGGAUCAUCGCGCACUCGCACGGCGGCGCGCUGCACGCGUGGAGGGAGGAAGACGCGGGCGAGGGGAGCGGCGGCGGCGCGUGGACGCCGACGCCGGCGACCGCCGGGCACGCGGGAGACGUCGCGUGCGUCGCGUGGGACGUCAACGGACGCUACCUGCUCACGUCCGGGAUGGACUUCACGACGCGGUUGCACGCGGACUGGCGCGGCGGCGGCGGCGGCGGCGGCGCGAAGGGGUGGCGGCAGAUCGCGCGGCCGCAGGUGCACGGGCACGCGAUUCGAUGCGUCGCGACGUUGCCGGCGCCGGCGCCGACGGAUGGCGACGACGACGCGUCCACGUCUUCCUCCAUCGUCGGGUCCACCGUGUUCGUCAGCGGCGCGGAUGAGAAGAUCCUGAGGGUGUUCCGAUCCCCCGGGACGUUUCUGGGCACGCUCGGGGAGUCCCUUCCCGCGUCCGCGUCCGCGGCGAGGGCGGCGUUCGCGCGCGCGAGAGCCGCCGCCGGCGACGCCGCCGGCGCGGAGCUCCCGCAGCUCGGUCUCUCGAACAAAGCCGUCGACGACGCGAACGGGCGCGACGGUUCGACUGACGAACCGUCGCGCGACGAAUCGUCCGGCGGCGGCGGGUUCGACGACGACGUCGUCGCGUCCGUCACGCCGACCGUCCUCGCCGCGCCGCCGACGGAGGAGACGCUCGCGCAGGCGACGCUGUGGCCGGAGACGUGCAAGCUGUACGGCCACGGCGACGACUUGUCGUGCGUCGCCGCGCAUCCGUCCGGGAAGCUCAUCGCGAGCGCGUGCGAGGCGAGGCGCGAGGGCGCGGCGGACGUGUGGAUUUGGGAAGCGAGCGCGAGCGGCGGCGGCGGAGGAGGAGGAGGAGGAGGAGGAGGAGGAGAAUCCGGAACGACGACGACGACGACGACGAGCUGGCGGCCCGCGGGACGGCUGCCCGGCGCGACGCUCACGGUGGUAUCGCUCGCCUUCGCGCCCCGCGGCGCGCGAGACAUGCUCCUCGCCGCGUCGCGCGACCGCCACGUCUGCGUGUACGUCCCCGCGCGCCCCGGCGCGGCGGCGUACGGCGCGUGGGGCGCGGACGGGUGGCGGCUCGCGCGACGAGCGAAAGCGCACGCCAAGGCGAUUUAUUCCGCCGCGUGGGCGCCGCCGCCUCCGGCGUCCGCGGAGUCCCCGGACGAGAGCGUCUUCGCGACGGGCGCGAGGGAUCGAAGAGUCAAGCUGUGGGUCGCCACCGCGUUCGACGCGCGCGGUCCGAACGGCGCCUCGACCGGGGACGCGGACGUCGCGGAGUCCCCCGCUUCGUCGUCGAUCCCCGCGUUCGACGCGGCGGCGACGGCGGUGGCGUUCGCGCCGCCGCGAUCCCGAGACGGAGGAAAGCGAGGACGUCUCACGCUCGCGAUCGGGCUCGAGGACGGGCGCGUGCGCGUGUGGUCCGGCGGCGGUUUCGGCGACCGCGACGCGCCUUGGACGGAGCUGUGCGUCGUGAGCGCGUGCGAUGGGCACGCGGGCGCGGUGCGCGCGUUGGCGUGGCGAACGGUCAACCGGGGGCGCGACGACGACGACGAUUUAAACGGCGACGCGGACGGCGACGCGCGCGGGGACGGCGACGGCGGCGGCGGCGGCGCGACGCUCGCGACCGUCGGCGCGGAUCAUUCCGUCCGUCUCUUCGACCUCAUCGGAGUUUAG